CAAUGUACAUUAAGAUUUAGUGACAGCCAAAAAUCAAAGAUAGAAGUAUUAUUUAACCAGCUCCAGUUAAAAUCUCUUCAACGUAAAAUUCUCUUCGAAGUUUAUUCAAAGGCAAGCUGAAAUGGCAAGCUACGUUAAUAAAACGCCUCUUAUUCGACAAAUUACAAAUAGAGGAUAUGCUGCUCAAGCAAGUCCGAGAGCAGCAGCUGGGGCUGCAUCUGCUGGAAUCAGAAGCACAGCAUUGCCAAAUAAAUUAGUUGUAGCAACAGCUGACAGUCAUUUGCCUGCUUCAAGAAUUUCAAUUGUUUUUCGAGCUGGAUCUCGUUUCGAAAAUUAUGAAAAUAUGGGAGCAUCUCAUAUGUUGCGAAUUGCUGCUGGACUUUCAACUAAAAACUCCUCAGGAUUUGCAAUAACAAGAAAUAUUCAACAAUCUGGAGGUAAUUUGCAUGUAACUUCCGAUCGCGAAGUAGUUCAGUACACUGUUGAGGUAAAUAAUGAACACUUGGAAACUGGUUUGCGUUUUUUGAAAGAUGUUGCUACCGCUCCUGCAUUUAAACCUUGGGAAUUAAGCGAUAGCUCCCAAAGAAUCCGAAUUCAAGUUGCUUCAGUACCAAAAAAUGUUCGCGCUUUAGAAUUGUUACACAAAGCAGCCUUUGGAAUUGGACUCGGUAAUUCAAUUUAUUGUCCAAAAUAUCAUAUCGGAAAGUUAUCACAAGAAACAAUGCAGCACUUCUUUAACAAAACAUGCACAACAAAUCGUUGCGCAGUUGUAGGAGUUGGAGUUGACCAUAAUUUAUUGACAGGCUUUGCUCAAAACCUUUCAAUUGAUUCUGGUGAGGGCAUUACAAAUCAAGCAAAAUAUCGUGGAAAUGUUGAAAUUCGUAAGGACAGAGCAAGCAAUAAGGCUCAUGUUGCAAUUGGAGGCCAAGGUGCUGGACUCUCAAAUCUUAAAGAAGCUUUAGCUUUUGCUAUAUUAAAAAGAGCACUUGGGGCUGAACCAGUUACAAAGCGCGGUAAUUCUUCUGGACCUUUGGGAAAAAUUUCUGACCAUGGGGCUUCCGUUAGUGCCAUAAAUGCUUUGUACAAUGACUCUGGAUUAUUUGGUAUUCUCAUUUCUUGUGAUGGAAAAGUUGCACAUAAGGUAGUUGAAGAGGCUGUUAAAGUUUUGAAGAGUGGCCAAAUUUCAUCCGGCGAUGUGAAACGUGGAAAAGCGCUUUUGAAAAGGCACCUUGCUUCAUUACACAAUUGUGAAAGUUCUUUAAUAUCAGAUAUGGGUUAUCAAGCUGCACUAAUAGGAGAGGUACACUCCACAUCCGCUUUGGGUGCUAUUAUUGAUAGUAUCACAGACUCAGAUGUUUCCGCUGCGGCAAGAAAAGUUGGUCAAUCCCCAUUAAGUUUAGGAGCUGUAGGAAAUUUAGCUAAUGUUCCAUCUGUUUUAGACAUUAAUUAAAAAAGAAGCAAAUAUAUAACUUUAAUUAUUUUUAUUUGUAUUAUUACACGCUAAAUUGAAUUGGCAUUCAAAUAAUGUAACGUUGGUUAAUGUUUGGUAAAUAAAACAACUUGCAAACAAUUCAAGAAUAAA